CCUUUUUUUACCUUAUAAAAAAUACACCUUGCUCAUACGACAUCGUUUCGAAGCUUUCAUCUCCCACAUCGCAUCUGAACCAGCAACAAUCCUUCUAGGGUUCGCAAUCGCAAUCACAAACCCUAACCCCUCUCCAAUUGCAACAAUCAUCCUGCUAAAAUGGCAAUUGCACGCACUGGAGUCUACGUCGAUGACUAUUUGGAGUAUGCCAAUACAUUGCCUGCUGAGCUUCAGAGACUGCUCAACACCGUCCGUGAACUCGAUGAACGAUCCCAAUCUAUGAUAAACCAGACUAGGCAGCAAACAAAGUACUGUAUGGGGUUCUCAUCACAUGGCUCUAGGAAGGGUAAUAAUCAUUACUACAAUAGUAACAGUUACGCGAACGAGGAUGACGAUGCCGCUAUUGAGAAAAUGCGAAAAGACAUCGAGACAUAUCAGGAUAAUGCAUUGAGUCUGUGUACUGAGAAGGUUUUGUUGGCACGACAAGCAUAUGAACUGAUAGAUAGCCAUGUAAAACGACUUGAUGAGGAUUUAAACAACUUCGCCGAAGAUUUAAAGCAAGAGGGAAAAAUAGCACAAGAUGAACCAGCGAUUCUUCCCCCAUUGCCUAUAGUCCCUAAACCUGAAAAGCGCAGGCAAGUCGUAUAUGGAACACCUCAAUCGAAGAGAAUUGAUUACAGGGAUAGAGACUGGGAUCGGGAACGUGAUAGGGACUUUGAGCUAAUGCCUCCGCCAGGAAGUCAUAAGAAGGACUAUGUAAUCCCCAUGGAUGUUGAUCAACCCAUUGAUCCAAAUGAGCCAACAUACUGUGUUUGUCAUCAGGUAUCUUUUGGAGAUAUGAUUGCUUGUGAUAAUGAAAAUUGCCAAGGUGGUGAAUGGUUCCACUAUGCUUGUGUUGGCCUGACACAAGAGACAAGGUUCAAGGGGAAGUGGUAUUGUCCAACUUGCAGAUUACUACCACAAUGUCAAUGAUGAGUCUUUGAACCAGUUAAACUACACUCUUAAAUAGCCAUUGUUGUUUGAAUAUAUUUUCUUACUUUUUAGUGAAUGCAUAAUUUUGGAGCUGUAUUAUGAUGGAUGGGGUAAGUUUAUUGCAAAUCCCCUUGUAACCCUUUCCCUCCUUCCUCCCCGCCCUGCUUAGAAAACACACGUGGGGUUCGACUUAUUUCUCUUGUGUUUUGCUUGGCCACUUGUGUUGUGAGCUCUGUCAUGCCAUGUAUAAAGAAGUCCUAAGACUUGCAAGAUACGGUUCUAGAUUUGAAUUAGGGAGAAGGUUCAUUACUUGUACGUGAAAUGCAAAAGUAGAGGCCUUUGUUAAGAAA